AUGGGCUCGUUCAACACUUACAUCCUCGAGUUCCCGCCAGACUCGACGCCCGAAGACCGCGCGCUUCUGGUCACCGCGCUCUUCCAGAUUGAAUUCGCCAUGUUUGAGACGACGGCUUGCUUUGGGACGAACGCCAAAAACAAAUUUCAAGCGCCCAGCGGCGACGCGCGCUUGCUGAAAACACGACGCUAUAUUCAUACGCGUGGGGCCGCCAUCGAUUAG